AUGAGAGCUUUUAUAAAAUAUUCAUACUUUAAUUAACCAAAAUAAACUAAACAACCAAAAAAGCCAGAUCCUUAAAAGAUAAGAAAAGGUUUGGAAAAAUUGAAUAAUUAUUAUUUGAGAAAUCUUGCAAGUGCUUAUUAACCUUUGAUGAUAAAUAUGAUUGAAUAAAUGAAAAGAGAAUUUUAGAUCCUCGAGCAGUUUAGCGAUAAAGUAAAUAAAAGGAAUUUAAAGGAAAUAUUUUUAGCUUGGAGAAUUCAAAGUUAACAGCCUCAACCAUAUAAAUUACAAUUACCAUACAGUCCACCCAAAAAGGAUUUAAGUCGUAAAAGUGCAGGCAAAAAGUCAGUCUAAUCCAAAACUCCCAGAAAUGAAAUCAAAUUUUAUACGCCAGGCAGGGAAUCUUCAAAAAGUGUAAUUUCAACCAUUACAAAAGAAGAUGACCAGCAAUCAAAUAAAAUAGCGGAUCUCUUUAGGUUGAGAAAAUAUUGGAACAAAUUCAAACUAUUUUCUAAUUUUCAAAAGCAUUUGGCAUUCAAAUCUAAACAUUUUAGAAACUUUUGCAUAAUUAGAAAAUAUUUUUAUAAGUUUUAAACUCUUGUAUAUCUAAAGAAAUUGAGACUUGAAGAGUAUUAGAAAUCCAAAAAUUUUUAUACCUUAAGAAUAUCCUUCUCUAAAUGGUAUGAAUUUGGUCAAAAGAAAAAGCGACACCAAUUCAUUUUGGCCAAAUAAAGUUAAAAAUAGAAUUUAUUACUUAUGAAGAAAGGAUUAAAAGGUUUGCACUUGAACUGCUAACAAAAAUAAUAAUUAUAAUCAACAUAAUUAUCCCAUAAUUCAUAAAUUUAAUAAUAAUAACAGAAGAAAAUUAAACUUAUUCCUAAGAAAAAUUGA